CUCUUGCAGAGUUCUAAGCCUUCGUGUGCUCCUCACAGCCACACCACUGCAUACGGUGCUGUGGAAAUCUGUGAGUGCGGAGCUCGUCCAUCGCUGCGGCGGCUGUGCGAGUCUCAAGCAACAAGAGUACGCGCAGCGCGAGCAAAGCAGCGACAGCCAGACCAGCCAAAGAUGGCGGCAGAAGCGGCAAAAGCAGAAGGCAACAAGGCUCUCCAAGCCAAGAACUACGACGAAGCAGUCAAGAAGUACACGGAAGCCAUCGCCUUCGACGCGACGCAGCACACGUAUUUCAGUAAUCGCGCCGCGGCCUACAUGCAACUGAAGGAUUAUGAAAGAGCCUUACAGGACGCCGAGUCGUGCAUCAAGCUGAACCCGACCUGGGCCAAGGGUUAUAGUAGGAAGGGCGCCGCCCUGCACGCGAUGAAGAAGUACGACCAGGCCGACGCCGCGUACCACGAGGGCUUGGCCGUGGCGCCCGGCGACGCCUCCCUGAAACAAGGCGUCGUAGAUGUGAACAAGGCGAAAGGAGUGCAGCAGUCUCAACAAAACAACCCCAUGGCUCAAGCGUUCGGUCCCAACCUCAUCGCGAAGAUCGCCCAGGACCCGAACUUGCGACAUAAAUUAGGAGACGAGCAGUUCAUGAUGAAGCUCAAAUUGCUGCAGUCGAACCCGCAGCAGAUGAUGUCUACCAUGUUCCAGGACCCGGACAUGUUUGUAUGCAGCGUCUGUCAUAUCUACUGGUGUCGCGUCGCGGCGAUGGCGUCGCGUGAGAGCGAUGCGUCUGCGUCUCGUGUUUGCGGCGUCGCGGCGAUGGCGUGCGGUGGGCGCGUCUACGCGUCGACGGCGUCGAUCGGUGGCGCGCCGUCGCAUCCGCGGCGUCGACGGCGCCGCCGCCGCGGCACGCGCGACGCUGACUCGUGAUCGGGCGGGAGAGCGUACGCCAUCGACGCGGGAAACUCACUCGCACGAACGCAGGUCCCAGGUCAUGAGCUUAGCCCUCGGCAUCAACCUCCAGCAGCCGGGAAGCGCGCAGGACGCCGGCACCGCGCCGCCGCCCCCCCAACCGCCGAAGAAGGAACCCGAGCCGGAACCGGAACCGGAAAUAGAGAGAACUCCAGAAGAACAAAAAGCCUACGACCAGAAGCAGCUCGCGUUAGCCCACAAGGCCAAGGGCAACGCCGCGUAUAAGAAGCGCGACUUCGACGCGGCUCUCAAGCAUUAUGAUGAUGCGAUCGCCGCGGAUCCCGGAGAUGUGACCUAUAGAAACAACAAGUGCGCCGUCCACUUCGAGAAGAAGGACUACGAGAGCGUCUUGUCGGAGGGUCGGGAAGCCAUCAAGGUCGGUAGGGAACACCGGGCGGACUACGAGCUCGUACACAAGAUCUACGUGCGGAUGGGCAAGGCAAAAAUGAAGCAAGGUGAUUUGGAGGGAGCGUUGGAGGAGUUCAACAACGCCCAGGUCGAGCACCGAGACAAGGCCACGGAGCGACUCGUGAAAAACCUGGAGAUGGACAUCAAGAAGAAGAAGCGCGAGGCGUACAUCGACCCGGCGAAGGCUCUUGAGGAAAAGGAGAAGGGCAAUGUCAAAUUCCGGGAGGGCAAGUUCUCCGAGUCGGUCCCGUUCUACGAGGAGGCCAUGAAGCGGGACCCGAAGAAUCCCGCCUACCCCAACAACUUGGCCGCGGCGUUGACGAAGCUCGGGAACUUUGCCGCGGCGAAGCAGGCCUGUGAAAAGGCCCUGGAGCUGGAUGAAAAGUACGUGAAAGCCAUCGCCAAGAAGGGCGACCUCGAGAUGCUCAUGAAGGAGUACCACAAGGCCAUCGAAACAUAUAAAAAAGGUUUAACUAUUGAGCCGGCGAACGCGGCGUGCAAGCAGGGCCUCCAACGGGUCCAGACGGCCAUCUACAACGAAGGAGGAGAUAAAGGAAGGGCGGAGCAGGCCAUGAAGGACCCGGAGAUCCAGGCCAUCCUCCAGGAUCCCAUGGUCCGCCAGGUCAUCCAGGACCUGUCGGGCGGCAACGGGGCGGCCGGUCAACAGGCGAUGAACGACCCGGUCAUGCGGGGCAAGAUCGAGAAGCUGAUCGCGUCGGGCGUGCUGCAGACGAAGUAGGAGUGCCCCUUUUUCUAACUAUUGAUGACUUC